GGACUUCUUCCUGCUACUUCCCGGACGUGCCGAGGCGCACGAGCUCGGACUGUACAGAAACAACAACAAGCCCGAGCCCAUCACAGGACAGAGGGUUUGAUCAGAUCUGCUCCACUGACCGGAAGUGGAUCUUUACUCCUAUGGCGUAUAAACCCACUUAAUGAAUCUAAUAAUCAGAAAUAAUCAUCUGUGUGUGUGUGUGUGUGUGUGUGGAGAUAAUGCGAUGUGUCCCUGUGCGCGCGCCGCCAUUCUGCAGCCUGGGUUCACACUGGUGAAACUGGAUUAUUAGUGAAACUGGUGCACGAGUGAAACUGGAUUAUUAUUGAAACUGGUUUAGUAGUGAGCUGGGAUUUGGGCUGCAGUCAUGAUUCUGGAGACUUUGUCACGAGCCAACUUCGCUUUGCGCUCGAGAGUCUCAGUGAGGCGAGUGCACCAUUCGUCAGAUCUUCCUCCUCCUCAGCCGGUUCCUCCAUUAGCUCAGACGCUACAGCGCUACCUGCUGGCCCUGGAGCCGCUGCUCCCCCCGGACGAACUCCAGCACACGCGCAAGACGGUGCAGCAGUUCGGCAGCCCGGGGGGCCUCGGGGACACACUGCAGAGAGGCCUGGAGAAACGCUCCAAACACACACACAACUGGAUAACAGAUUGGUGGGUUCAGUGGGCGUAUCUAGAAAGUCGUCAGCCACUGGCUGUUCACUCGAACCCUGCAAUCUCACUGCCCCGACGUGACUUCAGUGACUGGAGAGGACAACUGCUGUUUGCAGCAAAGCUCAUCUCUGCAGUACUGGACUUUAAGAACAAAGUGGACAGUGGAAGGUUACCUGUAGAGUAUAUGCGAGGAAGGCCGUUGUGUAUGGAGUUGUUUCCUCGUCUGUUUUCGUCGUGUCGGAUUCCGGGGCCCAAACACGACAACAUGAUUCACUACGGCCGCCCGCGCCGAGGCCCCGCCCACAUCACCGUGGUGCGCAACUACCAGUUUUUCCAGCUGGACGUGUACAAUAGUGAUGGCACCCCCCUCACUCAGAGUCAGAUUCACUCUCAGCUCUGCCGUAUCAGAGCUCAGUCCUGGAAAACCGACAAGGAGCCGAUGGGAAUCCUGACCAGUGACCACAGACACACGUGGGGUCAGGCUUACACACGCCUGCUGCAGGAUAAGAUCAAUAAGGAGUCUGUGCGUCUGAUAGAGAAAGGACUUUUCACGCUGUGUCUCGAUUCACCCGUCAUGACCAUCUGUGAUGAGAAAUACUCCAGCCGAAUGGCGGCUCAGAUCCUUCAUGGAGGCGGGACUUACUCCAACAGUGGGAACCGCUGGUUCGAUAAGACGCUACAGUUUGUGGUCAGUGAGGAUGGAUCGUGGGGUCUCCUGUAUGAACAGGCCACAGCUGAAGGGCUUCCUAUAGCCACACUGCUGGACCACAUCCUGCAGUACUGUAAGAAGCCUGAGACGGUGCGAGCUCCUCUGGUUCCUCUGCCCAUGCCUAAGAAGCUUUACUUCUACAUCGACCGCGCCAUCAAAUGGGACCUGGAGAUGGCCAAGCAGAACCUCAACAUCCUCAUUAAUGAUCUGGAUAUCAGCUGCUUUAACUACCAGCGCUUUGGGAAGGAGUUUCCUAAAAAGCUGAGUUUGAGCCCCAACUCCUUCAUCCAGUUGGCGAUCCAGCUUGCGUACUACAGAGUGCACGGCGAGGUGUGUGCCGCUUGCGACAUCGCAUCUCUCCGAAUGUUCCAGGGAGGACGCACCGACUACAUCCGCUCCCCGACCAAUCAGACGCUGAGAUUCGUUCAAGCCUUUGAUGACCCCGCCCUCUCCAGAGAGGUGAAGGUGGAGCUGUUGCGUGAAGCCGUGGAAGCUUACAGUCAGCUGACGGAUCAGGCACUGAAAGGACAGGGUAUUGAUCGACACCUGUUGGGUUUGAAGCUGCAGGCCAUCGAGGAGGGACUGAGCGUCCCCAGAAUGUUCAUGGACACGGCUUAUGGACUCGCUACACACUGGAAACUACGCACCGGACAGGUCCCCGCUAACACGGACAGCGUGAUGUGUUUCGGGCCCCUGGUCCCGGACGGUUACGCCGUGUGUUACAACCCUCAGCCGGAUCACGUUCACUUCUCCAUCACCGCCUUCAACUGCUGCGAGGAAACCAACGCCGAGAAGCUCGCCGUGACCAUCCAGAGCGCCCUCCAUCACCUGCACGAGUUACUGCAGCCCACUCCGUAGACACACACACUCCUCUGUACGCGCGCACCCGAUAAAAUCAAACCAGAACGCCAGUAAAGCCGGGAAAAAACAACAUAACAAUAAUCGAGCGAUUUAUUUUUUUAUUUUGCUGUCAGCUUGAAAUAAAAAAGGGGGCGUGGCUCACAACGCAUUACAAUUCGGAUGAUGAGCAAUAAAUGUUAUUUUUUAUAUAUAUAUAUUUACCAAACUGCUUACGUUUAAAUAGCAUUAAGACGGAAAGCAUCUUUCUUUGAGGUUCUUGACGUGCGGCUGGCUUCGACGCGUGACUCGCUACGUUAGCAUUGUAGCUUCUAACUUAAGAAACGAGCUUCAGACACUAAACACAGCCGUAUUGGGGCAUAUUUUUGACAAUAUAUUCCCUUAAGGACAGAAAACACCUUAUCAGCAGCUCCAUUUCUACAGGAAUUCUAUUUCAUAUGAGACUUUUUCAGGUUAAAAUUCACUCAUUCUUUUUUUAAACAAAAGAUCAAUUUAAACUUCAGUUUGAAAUACGAGGCGUUACUCCUCCUGAGCUGUCCAGCGGUGCUACGUAAAUCCACUCCUUCCUGCACAGACUGCACGUUUGACAGCUUCGUUGUGGUUCUGAUGCAUUGUGGGAUUUCUGGCGAACGUGCGGUCCAUAAAUAUUCGGACAGUUUUGCUCCUCUGUGCCUCGGUGUGUUUGAAAGGAAAGAAUUGAGACGCCUCGACUUUCAGCUUUGAUUUAAAUGGUUUUAACGCAAUAUUUAUUAGGAAUUACAGCCAUUUUCUUUCCGGCACGGCACCGUUUUUGCAGCAGGCUCAAUAGUAAUCGGACAAACGAAUGAUUAUUUGUAAAUACCUGAUAGUGGAGGACGUCAGGAAAACCAUGAAAAUCAAAUUUUUCUCCCUCGAGAUGUUUGACACGUUUUUACUGCAGCCUCAUACAGUAGCUGCAUGUUUGAGGUUCUCAUAAGUGAAACACUUUUCCUUAAUGUUGAGGUCAUGUGACUAUCGAGCUCUCAGGUUACUUCCACAGUCAGUUUUGGGUCGUUAUCCCAAUGAUCUCUUAUGUAAUUAAUAGAUAAGUAAUUAAUUACUAACACUGCUCCUUCUCUCACUGCUCUCACCCUUAAUAAACACCAGAGAUCUCGCUCCAGUGAUACACUCCAAUACCAAAACAACACCUCCUUUAAUAAUAAACAAUAUGAUCUGCUUUGGAUCAUGAGCCCUUCCUUACUUUCUCCAUUUUUGUGUGGAGAAUUCUGGGACAAGUUCAUCUUACUUUCGUCUAUCCAGACAUUUUGAUUGCUGCCAGAGGUGUGUAUCUUGACCUCUUCGAGUUCAUGAAGGCGUUUUGAUUUGACGAUGAUACGCCUACCUCCUCCAGAGAAUCCAUUAACUUGGGUAGAUGUUCUAAAGAUGAUAAACAAGGAUCAUCCACCUUUUUUGUCUUCAGUGGUCUUCCCAGGGUUUUUUUUUUUUUUUUUAAAGAAUACACAAGUUUUUGCUGUUUCUUUAUGAUUAGUCAGUUUUGAUAAGUUUGUAAGAUUAUGACCUCCCUAACAUUCAUUCAUCACCUCUUAAAUUUUUAUCAGUCAAAUGUGGUAUUACCUUUGAGCUUUUGUGAAAAUGUUGGGCGAAUUCAAAUCCAUUGUGCUGGUCUACAGAGACAGAAUCACACACACACACGCCAAUGUCCAAAUACUUAUGGACCCAACUCUGUGUUUGAGAAGUGCAUGUUUGAUUCCACUAUUAGACAAAUAAUAUACAGAUGUAUGCUUUGAUCUGAAAUUCUCACCUUGCGUUUGGGGUUUGUAUUUGAUAGAGACGGGUUUUGUGUACACUCCAUUUUGGGGGGAAAAUAAAUACGAAAUGAUGUAUUUUGCCAA